AUGGAGAGGGAAAGAGAGAUGGAGAGGGAAAGAGAGAUGGAUGUGUUUUUUGUCUGUUUUAAUGAUAAUGUUUUUUUAUUCCAGAUUGGGACUAUGACGCAGACAGUGCAGACCAAUGGGGUGCAACCUCUCAGUAAGACAUGGGAACUCAGUCUGUAUGAGCUACAGAGGACUCCACAGGUAGGGGAGCACAUUUAAUGUAACACCUCUGUCUCUGAGCUACAGAGGACUCCACAGGUAGGGACCACAUUUAAUGUAACACCUCUGUCUCUGAGCUACAGAGGACUCCACAGGUAGGGGAGCACAUUUAAUGUAACACCUCUGUCUCUGAGCUACAGAGGACUCCACAGGUAGGGACCACAUUUAAUGUAACACCUCUGUCUCUGAGCUACAGAGGACUCCACAGGUAGGGGAGCACAUUUAAUGUAACACCUCUGUCUCUGAGCUACAGAGGACUCCACGGGUAGGGACCACAUUUAAUGUAACACCUCUGUCUCUGAGCUACAGAGGUUUCCACAGGUAGGGGAGCACAUUUAAUGUAACACCUCUGUCUCUGAGCUACAGAGGACUCCACAGGUAGGGACCACAUUUAAUGUAACACCUCUGUCUCUGAGCUACAGAGGUUUCCACAGGUAGGGACCACAUUUAAUGUAACACCUCUGUCUCUGAGCUACAGAGGUUUCCACAGGUAGUUAUGAACUUCAAUUUAAAGUUCAUAACGUAGAUUUGAGAGUUUGUGUCACAGAUCAGUGCAUUCGGAAAGUAUUCAGACCCCUUGACUUUUUCCACAUUUUGUUACGUUACAGCCUUAUUCUAAAAUUGAUUAAAUAUUUUUUCACCCUCAUCAAUCUACACACAAUACCACAUAUUGACAAAGCGAAAACAGUUUUUUAUUAAUUUUUGCACAUUUAUUAAAAAUAAAAAACAGAUACCGUAUUCAGACCCUUUGCUAUGAGACUCGAAAUUGAGCUCAGGUGCAUCCUGUUUCCAUUGAUCAUCCUUGAGAUGUUUCUACAACUUGAUUGGAGUCCACCUGUGGUAAAUUCAAUUGAUUGGACAUGAUUUGGAAAGGCAAGGGGUCUGAAUACUUUGUGAAUGCACUGUAUUUGCUACAGACGCCUACUAGCAUCAUCAUUAGGCUUAGGCCACCUAGUAGAGUAGUCUAUAUGAUCCCCGGGGUGUCAUUCAUUUUGCAGCGGGUAGUAAAAACACAUUGAAAACAUGACAAUAAAUAUACACCAAUACAAUAUAUUCACCAAUAUGUAGUAGUGCUGAGCAAUUAGUGCUUUUUGACGUCGUUUCGGUCCGAUGAUUUAAAAAAAUAAUCAUGGAUUUCGAUUUCGUAAAAAAAUAUAUAUAUAUUUUAUUAAAUGCAUUAUGAAAUAAUGACAUUACAAUGAUUUUAGAGCUUUUUUAUGAAAAUUCAAAAUGCAAAACAUAGAAAAUAUUCCAGUGUAUCUGUCAGGUCCACAUUGGGGAGAAGAAGAAAAAUGUCAGCGUUUUAAACCAUUUCACCUGCAUUUUAUAUUGAAAGUCAAGUGUUUUUUUGCUUCAAUAGAGUGGUCAGGGACGUGUUACUAUAGUUUCCCUUCACAGAAAAUACAUUAGUGCAACACAUUCGGCAGAAAAUAGCUUCAUUUUCAUCACAUGACAACAGAAGUGCAACGCUAUUUGGCUGGCAGCCACACAGGUAGGGGUGCAGGAGGUCAGUGUGCAGGAGGUCAGUGAACAAGUAGGGGUGCAGGAGGUCAGUGAACAGGUGGUGGUGCAGGAGGUCAGUAAGGUAUGUAGCCGCCAGCCCAUUGAGUGCUUUAUAGGUGAGCAUGAGCAAUUUAAGGAUGAUCCUGUAUUGAACUGGGAGCCAGUGGGGGUGAUGUGGGCUGGGAGCCAGUGGAGUUUGAUGUGGGUGGGGGUGAUGUGGACUGGGAGCCAGUGGAGUUUGAUGUGGGUGGGGGUGAUGUGGACUGGGAGCCAGUGGAGUUUGAUGUGGGUGAUGAGGGUGGGGGUGAUGUGGGCUGGGAGCCAGUGGAGUUUGAUGUGGGUGGGGGUGAUGUGGACUGGGAGCCAGUGGAGUUUGAUGUGGGUGGGGGUGAUGUGGACUGGGAGCCAGUGGAGUUUGAUGUGGGUGAUGAGGGUGGGGGUGAUGUGGGCUGGGAGCCAGUGGAGUUUGAUGUGGGUGGGGGUGAUGUGGACUGGGAGCCAGUGGAGUUUGAUGUGGGUGGGGGUGAUGUGGACUGGGAGCCAGUGGAGUUUGAUGUGGGUGAUGAGGGUGGGGGUGAUGUGGACUGGGAGCCAGUGGAGUUUGAUGAGGGUGGGGGUGAUGUGGGCUGGGAGCCAGUGGAGUUUGAUGUGGGUGAUGAGGGUGGGGGUGAUGUGGGCUGGGAGCCAGUGGAGGGUGAUGUGGGUGGGGGUGAUGUGGGCUGGGAGCCAGUGGAGUUUGAUGUGGGUGGGGGUGAUGUGGGCUGGGAGCCAGUGGAGUUUGAUGAGGGUGAUGAGGGUGGGGGUGAUGUGGGCUGGGAGCCAGUGGAGGGUGAUGUGGGUGGGGGUGAUGUGGGCUGGGAGCCAGUGGAGGGUGAUGAGAGUGGGGGUGAUGUGGGCUGGGAGCCAGUGGAGGGUGAUGAGAGUGUGGCUGAUGUGGGCUGGGAGCCAGUGGAGUUUGAUGAGGGUGGGGGUGAUGUGGGCUGGGAGCCAGUGGAGGGUGAUGAGGGUGGGGGUGAUGUGGGCUGGGAGCCAGUGGAGGGUGAUGUGGGUGAUGAGGGUGAUGUGGGUGAUGAGGGUGGGGGUGAUGUGGGCUGGGAGCCAGUGGAGGGUGAUGUGGGGUGAUGUGGGUGAUGAGGGUGGGGGUGAUGUGGGCUGGGAGCCAGUGGAGGGUGAUGAGGGUGGGGGUGAUGUGGGCUGGGAGCCAGUGGAGGGUGAUGGGGGUGAUGUGGGUGGGGGUGAUGUGGUCCCAAGGUCUGGUAUAUUACCUAGUUUUCAUUGGAUGACUUUAUUAUUUUGAAUUCCUUAAAGUCAUCAUCUCUGCUCAGGCAGUAGCAGUCAGCCAGCCAGGCCAACAGUAAGUGGCCUAACCCAAUUUGGACUCCAGACCAAAGGACACAUUUCCACCGGUCUAAUGUCCAUUGCUCGUGUUUCUUGGCCCAAGUAUGUCUCUUCUUCUUAUUGGUGUCCUUUAGUAGUGGUUUCUUUGCAGCAAAUCGACCAUGAAGGCCUGAUUCACACAGUCUCCUCUGAAUAUUUGAUGUUGAGAUGUGUCUGUGACUUGAACUCUGAAGCAUUUAUUUGGGCUGUAAUUUCUGAGGCUGGUAACUCUAGUGAUUUUAUCCUCUGCAGCAGAGGUAACUCUGGGUCUUCCUUUCCUGUGGCGGUCCUCAUGAGAGCCACUUUCAUCAUAGCGCUUGAUGGUUUUUGCGACUGCACUUGAAGAAACUUUAAAAUGUCUUUACAUUUUCCUGAUUCACUGACCUUCAUGUCUUAAAGUAAUUAUGGACUGUCGUUUCUCUUUGCUUAUUUGAGUUGUUCUUGCCAUAAUAUGGACUUGGUCUUUUACCAAAUAGGGCUAUCUUCUGUAUAUCCCCGUACCUUGUCACAACACAACUGAUUGGCUCAAGUGCAUUAAGAAGGAAAUCAAUUCCACAAAUUAACUUUUAGGAAGGCACACCUGUUAAUUGUAAUGCAUUCCAGGUGACUACCUCAUGAAGCUGGUUGAGAGAAUGCCAAGAGUGUGCAAAGCUGUCAUCAAGGCAAAGGGUGGCUAUUUGAAGAAUCAAAUAUAUAAAAUAUAUUUUGAUUUGUUUAACACUUUUUUGGUUACUACAUGAUUCCAUAUGUGUUAUUUCAUAGUUCUGAUGACUUCACUAUUAUUCUACAAUGUAAAAAUUAGGAAAAACCCUUGAAUUAGUUGGUGUGUCCAAACAUUUGAAUGGUAGUGUAUGUGACCAACCGGCUCGAUUCGGUCUUGUGUAGCAAAAUUUGAAAUUGUGUUUUUUACAUUGGAUGAAAGUGGAGACUCAGAGCUAGAAAAUGGUAUAUCAUACACUACAGUUGAGGAACAAUGGGAAAGUAAUUAUGCUUUGAAAGUUGAUAAACUUGUAACCUUACUUUUGAGAAAAUGACCCUUGAAUGUUUUGGUACCUACUGGAGAGCUCUUCUUUGUCUCCACCCAUUCAGCAUCGUUCACACCCUUUAGCCCCACCCAGCUCUUUAUGGAUUCCCAUGUGAGGCCAUGUUCUAAACAACCAAAGAUUUCAAGACUUAAGGCUGGUUUAUACUACGGGUGUGUUCGUAAAUUUAAUCUGGAGUGCCAGAGUGUGCUCUGGGCGUUCGUAAUCUCAGAGCGUUGUCAGAUUGGCCGUUCGUAAAUUCAGAGCGUUUCGCUCUCGGAGCGCACACUGGACGCUCUGGCCGAGGAGUAGGGUUGAUCCGAGCGUUCUGGCCUAACAACAGCAUUAACGUUGGCUAGCUUGCUAGCUACUUCCAGACACAAAUGAGAGAACGGCUCACUGCCCAUUACUCGCCCUAGCAGAGCUGGUUAGGCUGUGUUUAUGUUAUCCAGAGUGUUGGUGACUGCAACUGUGCUGCUGGCAACAAUUUAAUUACGCUUUUUUUUGCCAACGUUUACUGACACCGGCCAUAUUUAACGGGUGUUGAGCGUUCAUAAAUUCGUCAGUUAUUCUGCGCUCUGGCACACUCAGAUGAGAGUGCUCUGAAAUCGGAGUAGAUAGCCAGAGAGAAUUUACCAGCUACGUCUAUCGACAGUUGUCGCAGUGACAUCAUAAACAUUCUAUUGAAAUAGUUACUUGCAUAGUCUUUUGUUUAGACAUGUAGCUAGCUAGCUAAACAAUGAACCAUGAUCUCAACUCGUAACGGUAUCCUGCAUGAAUCUGCAGGUAGCUAACCAACCAGGUUCAAUGUUAGCUAGCUAACAUUAGGCUAUAACUAGCAAUGCAAAUGGCUCUGAGAUACGAACAAUAUUACUACACAGAUCAUACACGUAAAGUUAGCUAUCUAACCAGCCAGCUAACGUUAGCUAGUUAGCUAACAGUACACUAACUUGAAAUGAAAACGACUUUCUGACAAAAUUAGAAACGUGUAAUAUCUGAAAAUGUAGCUAGCUAGACUAUCUUACCCGUAUACGUGGAUGGACGCUUCUCCCUCUCUGUCACGGAUGCCAUGGUUGCCCUUAGUUUGAAGAUGUAAUCCGGAGCCUUCUGUGUUCUCUUUUCGACUCCGUCUGCAUAUUUGCAAUCAAACGCCAGAAUUUUCUUAAUCUCCUUAGCUAUCAUACUCUAAUUCCACUGAUUUCAAAACUCGGUCCUCCAGAAUGUGGAGAGCAACUCUUAUGCAGUUCUACUAUGUGAUAUAUUUUUUAAAAAGCAGCGUUAGAAAGGAUUACCUACAUGUACUGACCAGCUCAUAUUAUAAACAGAAGCAGCUACAUGGCAGACCAAUCCAAACUCAUCUCUCGGCAUGUCCAGCCCACUCAUUAUCUCAGCCAAUCAUGGCUAGCGGGAAGGUUGUUGUCUUUUUCCAUGGCUAAACCAACUAGGCUCGUAAUAACAAUUUUAUUCGUAUUUACAGAUGGCAUACACGUUUGUUAUUAAGGUACAUGAAAGUUCACAUAUUCCAGAAGGCAUUUCUGCCAAAAAAAGCAUUUUGAUAAAAAAAGUUUACAUUUACAUUUACAUUUUAGUCAUUUAGCAGACGCUCUUAUCCAGAGCGACUUACAUUUACGUUCAAAUGCCUCUCCUGUGAAGUAGUGGCGCGCGACAAACGCCUAGUUUCCUGAAACGAGUCACAUGACUAGUGUCUGGGAUUCCCUCAGAAUGGAUGGCUCCUUAUAAAUGACUAGUGUCUGGGAUUCCCUCAGAAUGGAUGGCUCCUUAUAAAUGACUAGUAUCUGGGAUUCCCUCAGAAUGGAUGGCUCCUUAUAAAUGACUAGUGUCUGGGAUUCCCUCAGAAUGGAUGGCUCCUUAUAAAUGACUAGUGUCUGAUACAGGUGACAAAGGUGAAAGUUCAGUUCAUACCAAUGAUCCUGCUACUUAGUUUAACAAUGUUACCUGUUCUUACUCUGUCUAGAUUACCAAAACAGCAGAUCAUAUUGAAUAUUAAAAUGGAUUCAAUUAACGAUCUGUAAAAGAUGGUCAUCAGCGUCUUAUCCACCCUGAAACUGCUGAGUUUCCUCAGUAUCCACAUUGGCCUCAACCUUGUUUGCUGUCAGGGAAAGUGCCAAGAUAUUUGUAUGGAUCAACGGUAGGGCUGUGGCGGUAAUACGGUCUAAUCAACGGUAGGGCUGUGGCGGUAAUACGGUCUAAUCAACGGUAGGGCUGUGGCGGUAAUACGGUCUAAUCAACGGUAGGGCUGUGGCGGUAAUACGGUCUAAUCAACGGUAGGGCUGUGGUGGUAAUACGGUCUAAUCAACGGUAGGGCUGUGGCGGUAAUACGGUCUAAUCAACGGUAGGGCUGUGGCGGUAAUACGGUCUAAUCAACGGUAGGGCUGUGGUGGUAAUACGGUCUAAUCAACGGUAGGGGUGUGGUGGUAAUACGGUCUAAUCAACGGUAGGGGUGUGGUGGUAAUACGGUCUAAUCAACGGUAGGGCUGUGGCGGUAAUACGGUCUAAUCAACGGUAGGGGUGUGGCGGUAAUACGGUCUAAUCAACGGUAGGGGUGUGGUGGUAAUACGGUCUAAUCAACGGUAGGGGUGUGGUGGUAAUACGGUCUAAUCAACGGUAGGGCUGUGGCGGUAAUACGGUCUAAUCAACGGUAGGGGUGUGGCGGUAAUACGGUCUAAUCAACGGUAGGGCUGUGGUGGUAAUACGGUCUAAUCAACGGUAGGGCUGUGGCGGUAAUACGGUCUAAUCAACGGUAGGGGUGUGGUGGUAAUACGGUCUAAUCAACGGUAGGGCUGUGGCGGUAAUACGGUCUAAUCAACGGUAGGGGUGUGGUGGUAAUACGGUCUAAUCAACGGUAGGGCUGUGGUGGUAAUACGGUCUAAUCAACGGUAGGGCUGUGGUGGUAAUACGGUCUAAUCAACGGUAGGGCUGUGGCGGUAAUACGGUCUAAUCAACGGUAGGGCUGUGGUGGUAAUACGGUCUAAUCAACGGUAGGGCUGUGGUGGUAAUACGGUCUAAUCAACGGUAGGGCUGUGGCGGUAAUACGGUCUAAUCAACGGUAGGGCUGUGGCGGUAAUACGGUCUAAUCAACGGUAGGGCUGUGGCGGUAAUACGGUCUAAUCAACGGUAGGGCUGUGGUGGUAAUACGGUCUAAUCAACGGUAGGGCUGUGGCGGUAAUACGGUAUAAUCAACGGUAGGGGUGUGGCGGUAAUACGGUCUAAUCAACGGUAGGGCUGUGGCGGUAUUACGGUAUAAUCAACGGUAGGGCUGUGGCGGUAAUACGGUCUAAUCAACGGUAGGGGUGUGGUGGUAAUACGGUCUAAUCAACGGUAGGGCUGUGGCGGUAAUACGGUAUAAUCAACGGUAGGGGUGUGGCGGUAAUACGGUCUAAUCAACGGUAGGGCUGUGGCGGUAAUACGGUAUAAUCAACGGUAGGGGUGUGGCGGUAAUACGGUCUAAUCAACGGUAGGGCUGUGGCGGUAUUACGGUAUAAUCAAGUGUCUCCAAUGGCUCACCAUCUAUCAGAGUGUAUUGGUGGCAGUGAGCUCCUCUGGAAAUCAAUAGACAUAUCCUUAGUUUUGUUUACAAGUAGGAGCGGUCCAUCCAAGAACCAUCCAAGAAACUGCUCCACCACUGGGCCAGCGGGGCUAUCUUGGGGCCUACUGAGAGUUUGCACCUUAGGUCAAUGGAAUUGCUCCAGAGCGCUCCUAAACUCUGCCUAAAUGGUGCUUCAGACGUGGUAAAUCAAGUCUCUUAUUAUGAUCAGUUACCCCUGUAGGAGGCCAUAGAGAAUAUAUGACCUGUACUGUAGGGUCAUGGUUUGGUCUGUUUGUCCCCUGCAGGAGGCCAUAGAGAAUAUAUGACCUGUACUGUAGGGUCAUGGUUUGGUCUGUUUGUCCCCUGCAGGAGGCCAUAGAGAAUAUAUGACCUGUACUGUAGGGUCAUGGUUUGGUCUGUUUGUCCCCUGCAGGAGGCCAUAGAGAAUAUAUGACCUGUACUGUAGGGUCAUGGUUUGGUCUGUUUGUCCCCUGCAGGAGGCCAUAGAGAAUAUAUGACCUGUACUGUAGGGUCAUGGUUUGGUCUGUUUGUCCCCUGCAGGAGGCCAUAGAGAAUAUAUGACCUGUACUGUAGGGUCAUGGUUUGGUCUGUUUGUGCCCCUGCAGGAGGCCAUAGAGAAUAUAUGACCUGUACUGUAGGGUCAUGGUUUGGUCUGUUUGUCCCCUGCUGAGGGGCCAUAGAGAAUAUAUGGACCUGUACUGUAGGGUCAUGGUUUGGUCUGUUUUGUCACCCUGUACAGGAGGCCAUCAACCGACGGCCGGAGAUAGCGGUGUUCCCGGAGCCUCCACAGGAGCUGAGUGUCCAAUCUGUUGACAUGCUCAAGAACACCAGACAACCAAGGAGUGUCUGCACCGCUUCUGUGCCGACUGCAUCAUCACCGCCCUCAGAUCAGGGUAUGUUAGUAUGUUCACUCAGUUUGAGUAAAAAACACCACCACAUGCCACAACAAAAAAAAAAAAAAGGAAAAAAAAAAAAAAAAAAAAGAAAAAAAAACAAAAAAAACAUGAAAACACAAUAACACAAAAAAAUGAAAAAACAAAAACAAAAAAAACACAGGAAACAAAAAAAAAAAAAAAAUGAAACAAAAAAAACACAAACAAACCUAUGAAAACAACCACCACAUGCACAAAACAACAACCCACACAUCACAACCACCACCACCACAUGCCACAACACACAACCACACCACAACACCACCACCACAUGCCACAAACACCACACAUCACAACAUGCCACAACAACCACCACAUCCACAACACCCACCACCACAUGCCCACACACCACACUACAACCACCCACACCACAACAAACCACCACAUGCCACAACACCACCACCACAUGCACAACAACAACACACACCAACAUGCCACAACAACAAAACCACCACAUCACCACAACACAUCCCAAACCACCACAUGCCAACACAACCACCACAUGCCCAAACACACCACCACAUGCACAACCAACCACCACCACAUGCCCACACCCCACACCACACACCACAUGCCACAACAACACCACCACAUGCCACAACACCACCACCACAUGCCACAACACACACACACACACCACCACACUCCCACCAACACCACCACCCAUGCCCACACAACACCACCACAUGCCACAACAACACCACCACAUGCCACAACAACACCACCACAUGCCACAACAACACCACCACAUGCCACAACAACACCACCACAUGCCACAACAACACCACCACAUGCCACAACAACACCACCACAUGCCGCAACAACACCACCACAUGCCGCAACAACACCACCACAUGCCGCAACAACACCACCACAUGCCGCAACAACACCACCACAUGCCGCAACAACACCACCACAUGCCGCAACAACACCACCACAUGCCGACAACAACACCACCACAUGCCGCAACACCACCACCACAUGCCGCAACACCACCACCACAUGCCGCAACACCACCACCACAUGCCGCAACAACACCACCACAUGCCGCAACAACACCACCACAUGCCGCAACAACACCACCACAUGCCACUUGACACAAUAACAACACCACCACAUGCCACUGUUGACACAAUAACAACACCACCACAUGCCACUGUUGACACAAUAACAACACCACCACAUGCCACUGUUGACACAAUUCUCUAUUAGUUUUCUCUGACACUGAUUACCCAGUGUCUGUGUCGAUGACCCCAGUGUCUGUGUACGACCCCAGUGUCUGUGUACGACCCCAGUGUCUGUGUCGAUGACCCCAGUGUCUGUGUCGAUGACCCCAGUGUCUGUGUGGACGACCCCAGUGUCUGUGUGGACGACCCCAGUGUCUGUGUGGACGACCCCAGUGUCUGUGUCGACGACCCCAGUGUCUGUGUCGACGACCCCAGUGUCUGUGUACGACCCCAGUGUCUGUGUCGAUUGCCAAGUGUCUGUGUAUUGCAUUUAUCAAUGUCUACUAACCGUAUCAAACGUCAUGAUCAACUGCUGAUCACUUUAGUGACACAGGACAUAAUUACCUCAAGUUCUAACCUUGUUUCUCUCUCUGUCUCUCUGUGUGUGUUCGUUCUACCCAGCAACAAGGAAUGCCCUACGUGCUAACUCUCUGUCUGUUCUACCCAGCAACAAGGAAUGCCCUACGUGCUAACUCUCUGUCUGUUCUACCUAGCAACAAGGAAUGCCCUACGUGCUAACUCUCUGUCUGUUCUACCUAGCAACAAGGAAUGCCCUACGUGCUAACUCUCUGUCUGUUCUACCCAGCAACAAGGAAUGCCCUACGUGCUAACUCUCUGUCUGUUCUACCCAGCAACAAGGAAUGCCCUACGUGCUAACUCUCUGUCUGUUCUACCUAGCAACAAGGAAUGCCCUACGUGCUAACUCUCUGUCUGUUCUACCCAGCAACAAGGAAUGCCCUACGUGCAGAAAGAAGCUGGUGUCUAAACGAUCCCUGCGGCCGGACCCUAACUUCGACGCCCUCAUCAGUAAGAUCUACCCCAGCAGAGAUGAGUACGAGGCCCAUCAGGAGAGGGUUCUGGCCCGCAUCUCCAAACACAACAACCAGCAGGCCCUGUCCCACAGCAUCGAGGAGGGCCUCAAGAUACAGGCCAAGAACAGGUACUGUACCCUGACCCCUGACCUUUAACCCCUAAUCCUGGCCCACAACAUUGAAGAGGGCCUUCGAUACAGGCCAUGACUGUACUGCUAAUCUUAUCUCUAUUUUCCCAUUCAGGUGUCUCACCUCACCAAUGUCAGAACAACUUACCCUGUGAAUAUGGUCAAAUUAAAUGUUACUUUAUAUAAUGGAAUUUAAAUCAUCUGACCUCUCUCUGCUCUUCCUUCCUCCCACCACUGGGUGUCACUCCAGGCUGCAGCGGGGGAAGAAGCACCAGCUGGAGAACGGGAGCGGGGCGGAGGACAACGGCGAUUCCUCCCACUGCAGCAACGUCUCCGUCCACUCCAACCAGGUAUUAGCACACCUUCAUUCCCAUGCAAGGUUGCAGAAUUCCAGUAACAUCCCCAAAAUCCCGGUAUGGGAAAUUCCCGGUAUCAGAAAAAUAAAGCAGGAAAUCCGGAUUCCUCCAACCAGGAUUUAUUGAAAACCCGACUGGAUUUGUGCAAUCGUUUUCCCAUGUCUAUCAAAUACCUAAACACAAUCAGUAAAGUUGAGCUGUGUUAGUACAUGUGUAUUAUGUAUGUGGCUCUACGAGAUGUGUAUGACAUGGGAUGGGUAACGUGCAGGGUAUUAUUAACGGAUUGUGUAGAUGGGAUGGGUAAGGUUUAUUGUAAAGCAGGGGUAUAAAUGUGUUAUUGUAAAGCAGGGGUAUAAAUGUGUUAUUGUAAAGCAGGGGUAUAAAUGUGUUAUUGUAAAUCAGGGGUAUAAAUGUGUUAUUGUAAAGCAGGGGUAGAAAUGUGUUAUUGUAAAGCAGGGGUAUAAAUGUGUUAUUGUAAAGCAGGGGUAUAAAUGUGUUAUUGUAAAGCAGGGGUAUAAAUGCAUUCAAAUGUACAUUUUGUUGAGUAAAUGACACCAGGAAUUUUACAGCAGGAUAGCCAGUCAGUGUCUUUUCCUCGUUAAAGCAUCUUAUCGCUUUAACAUUUUAUCCCCAUGGUUGUAUUCGGCGCAUCUUUUUCCCCCAAUAAAUCAAUCAUUCAAUCAAACCAGGAGGCGGGGCCGAGCAUCAAGCGUACCAAGACAUCAGAUGACUCUGGUCUGGACAUGGAUAAUGCUACAGAGAACGGAGGAGGAGGAGACCUGGCGAUGGACGGGGCCAGCGAGAUAGAGCUGGUGUUCUGCCCUCACCCUACGCUCAUGGACAAGGAGGACACCGUGCAGACCAGGUGGGGAACUGAGGCUGAGUGGGAUACAGGAUGGAUGGAUGGAUGGAUGGAUGGAUAGAUGGUUUGUUCCAGAUACACAAAUUGCACAAUAUUAAAGCUGCAAUAUGUACAUUUUUGGGCGAUUCGACCAAAUUCUAACUGAAAGGAUGUCUAGGAAGCGGUAGAUCUGUUCUAUGUGCUCUAUUUCUAUGGUUCCCGUUCUUAAGUUUUGCUUUUGCAUCUUUUACUUUCGGUUUUCUACACCAGCUUCAAACAGCUGAAAAUAUAAUAUUGUUGGUUAUGGAAAAUAUAUUUCACAGCGGCUUAGAUGGUGCAACGAUUCUCUACACUAUACUUGGUUGUUCUGUCACAUAAACUGAAAUUAGGCGAACUAUUUAGAAUUUUAGCAACCAGGAAACGGCGGAGCGAUUUCUGCAUAGUGCAGCUUUAAAUCUUCCCAAUGACUGGAGUAGUGUUGAUCUUCUAAUCUGCAUAGGCAUGUGUAUUUGAAGCCUGUCUGUGAAAAACUGUGAGACUGUACCUGUGGACGUUUGGAAAGGAUUCAAGACCAAGUUUAGAUGGGGAAAGUUUAGUUGGGGAAAGUUUAGAUGGUGAAAGUGUGUGUAUAUCUUUCUAAACCUCAGGUAAUGUGUUGAGUUAGUGCCCAGGUUCAUCAAGAAGUCUACUAAUGCUAGUGUGUGUGUGGCAGUGUUGAGUUUGUUCCCAGGUACAUCAAGACGUCAGGUAACGCCACAGUGGACCACCUGUCCAAGUACCUGGCGGUACGUCUGGCCCUGGAGGAACUGAGGAAGAAUGGAGAGGCCAGCCCAAUCAAUGUAGACGCUGCCUCCGAGAAACAAUACACCAUCUACAUCCCUACAGCCAACGGCCAGUUCACGGUAAUAAUACAAUAUAUUACUACUACAACAAGAAAAUAAUUCCAGAAAUGUAUCAUUAAUGUGCAAUUCAUCUAUAGGGUACAUUUAGAUUUUUCUUUCAUUAUUUUAGGCUAUCUGAGGUUAAGGCCAAGCUUUAGGGCCUAACUUUACGCUUUAGGGCCUAACUUUACGCUUUAGGGCCUAACUUUACGCUUUAGGGCCUAACUUUACACUUUAGGGCCUAACUUUACGCUUUAGGGCCUAACUUUACACUUUAGGGCCUAACUUUACGCGUGCCAAAUAGCCUACUCUUCAAACGCUUUUGGGAACGACCAGAAAACGUUAAUAUUGAUCGAAAAAGUUAUAUGUCGGAUUUUAAUGAAAUAAGAAAAAUCAGAGAAAUGGAGAGUUGAAAAUAAAGAGAAGGGAGGUCCAGAACAGUCAUCUAAUGUUAUAGAAUGGAGGUCCAGAACAGUCAUCUAAUGUUAUAGAAUGGAGGUCCAGAACAGUCAUCUAAUGUUAUAGAAUGGAGGUCCAGAACAGUCAUCUAAUGUUAUAGAAUGGAGGUCCAGAACAGUCAUCUAAUGUUAUAGAAUGGAGGUCCAGAACAGUCAUCUAAUGUUAUAGAAUGGAGGUCCAGAACAGUCAUCUAAUGUUAUAGAAUGGAGGUCCAGAACAGUCAUCUAAUGUUAUAGAAUGGAGGUCCAGAACAGUCAUCUAAUGUUAUAGAAUGGAGGUCCAGAACAGUCAUCUAAUGUUAUAGAAUGGAGGUCCAGAACAGUCAUCUAAUGUUUAGGAAAGAUUAGGUGAAGUGGUAAAAGAGGAUGCUAGCAGUGCUGCUGUGUUAUGUGUGAUGAUAACCAUCAUGGGCUGUGCCACUAGAGAUCCUGGUUCGAAUCCAGGCUCUGUCGUAGCCGGCCGUGACAAUUGGCCCAGUGUCGUCCAGGGUAGGGGAGGGAACGGCCGGCAGGGAUGUAGCUCAGUUGGUAGAGCAUGGCGUUUGCAACGCCAGGGUUGUGGGUUCGUUUCCCACGGGGGCCAGUAUAAAAAAUAAAAAAAUAAUGUAUGCACUCAUGUAAGUCGCUCUGGAUAAGAGCGUCUGCUAAAUGACUAAAAUGUAAAUAGGCACACACUCUAAUCUCUCUGGUCACCCAGGUGACCUUUAGUCUAGUGUUUCUAAUCACUCUGGUCACCCAGGUGACCUUUAGUCUAGUGUUUCUAAUCACUCUGGUCACCCAGGUGACCUUUAGUCUAGUGUUGUUUCUAAUCACUCUGGUCACCCAGGUGACCUUUAGUCUAGUGUUUCUAAUCACUCUGGUCACCCAGGUGACCUUUAGUCUAGUGUUUCUAAUCACUCUGGUCACCCAGGUGACCUUUAGUCUAGUGUUUCUAAUCACUCUGGUCACCCAGGUGACCUUUUAGUCUAGUGUUGUUUCUAAUCACUCUGGUCACCCAGGUGACCUUUAGUCUAGUGUUGUUUCUAAUCACUCUGGUCACCCAGGUGACCUUUAGUCUAGUGUUUCUAAUCACUCUGGUCACCCAGGUGACCUUUUAGUCUAGUGUUGUUUCUAAUCACUCUGGUCACCCAGGUGACCUUUUAGUCUAGUGUUGUUUCUAAUCACUCUGGUCACCCAGGUGACCUUUAGUCUAGUGUUGUUUCUAAUCUCUCUGGUCACCCAGGUGACCUUUAGUCUAAUGUUUCUAAUCACUCUGGUCACCCAGGUGACCUUUAGUCUAGUGUUUCUAAUCACUCUGGUCACCCAGGUGACCUUUAGUCUAGUGUUUCUAAUCACUCUGGUCACCCAGGUGACCUUUAGUCUAGUGUUUCUAAUCACUCUGGUCACCCAGGUGACCUUUUAGUCUAGUGUUGUUUCUAAUCACUCUGGUCACCCAGGUGACCUUUAGUCUAGUGUUGUUUCUAAUCACUCUGGUCACCCAGGUGACCUUUAGUCUAGUGUUUCUAAUCACUCUGGUCACCCAGGUGACCUUUAGUCUAGUGUUGUUUCUAAUCUCUCUGGUCACCCAGGUGACCUUUAGUGUAGUGUUUCUAAUCACUCUGGUCACCCAGGUGACCUUUAGUCUAGUGUUUCUAAUCACUCUGGUCACCCAGGUGACCUUUAGUCUAGUGUUUCUAAUCACUCUGGUCACCCAGGUGACCUUUAGUCUAGUGUUUCUAAUCACUCUGGUCACCCAGGUGACCUUUAGUCUAGUGUUGUUUCUAAUCACUCUGGUCACCCAGGUGACCUUUAGUCUAGUGUUUCUAAUCACUCUGGUCACCCAGGUGACCUUUAGUCAAGUGUUGUUUCUAAUCACUCUGGUCACCCAGGUGACCUUUAGUCUAGUGUUUCUAAUCACUCUGGUCACCCAGGUGACCUUUAGUCUAGUGUUUCUAAUCACUCUGGUCACCCAGGUGACCUUUAGUCUAGUGUUUCUAAUCUCUCUGGUCACCCAGGUGACCUUUAGUCUAGUGUUUCUAAUCUCUGGUCACCCAGGUGACCUUUAGUCUAGUGUUUCUAAUCACUCUGGUCACCCAGGUGACCUUUAGUCUAGUGUUUCUAAUCACUCUGGUCACCCAGGUGACAUUUAGUCUAGUGUUGUUUCUAAUCUCUCUGGUCACCCAGGUGACCUUUAGUCUAGUGUUUCUAAUCACUCUGGUCACCCAGGUGACCUUUAGUCUAGUGUUUCUAAUCACUCUGGUCACCCAGGUGACCUUUAGUCUAGUGUUUCUAAUCACUCUGGUCACCCAGGUGACCUUUUAGUCUAGUGUUGUUUCUAAUCACUCUGGUCACCCAGGUGACCUUUAGUCUAGUGUUGUUUCUAAUCACUCUGGUCACCCAGGUGACCUUUAGUCUAGUGUUUCUAAUCACUCUGGUCACCCAGGUGACCUUUAGUCUAGUGUUUCUAAUCACUCUGGUCACCCAGGUGACCUUUAGUCUAGUGUUUCUAAUCACUCUGGUCACCCAGGUGACCUUUAGUCUAGUGUUGUUUCUAAUCACUCUGGUCACCCAGGUGACCUUUAGUCUAGUGUUUCUAAUCUCUGGUCACCCAGGUGACCUUUAGUCUAGUGUUUCUAAUCACUCUGGUCACCCAGGUGACCUUUUAGUCUAGUGUUUCUAAUCACUCUGGUCACCCAGGUGACCUUUAGUCUAGUGUUGUUUCUAAUCUCUCUGGUCACCCAGGUGACCUUUAGUGUAGUGUUUCUAAUCACUCUGGUCACCCAGGUGACCUUUAGUCUAGUGUUUCUAAUCACUCUGGUCACCCAGGUGACCUUUAGUCUAGUGUUUCUAAUCACUCUGGUCACCCAGGUGACAUUUAGUCUAGUGUUGUUUCUAAUCUCUCUGGUCACCCAGGUGACCUUUAGUCUAGUGUUUCUAAUCACUCUGGUCACCCAGGUGACCUUUAGUCUAGUGUUUCUAAUCACUCUGGUCACCCAGGUGACCUUUAGUCUAGUGUUUCUAAUCACUCUGGUCACCCAGGUGACCUUUUAGUCUAGUGUUGUUUCUAAUCGCUCUGGUCACCCAGGUGACCUUUAGUCUAGUGUUGUUUCUAAUCACUCUGGUCACCCAGGUGACCUUUAGUCUAGUGUUUCUAAUCACUCUGGUCACCCAGGUGACCUUUAGUCUAGUGUUUCUAAUCACUCUGGUCACCAGACAGUUGUGAACACUUAGGGCCCAGUGUGUUUGUCUAAUCACUCUGGUCACCCAGGUGACCUUUAGUCUAGUGUGUUUCUAAUCACUCUGGUCACCCAGGUGACCUUUAGUCUAGUGUUGUUCUAAUCUCUGGUCACCCAGGUGACCUUUAGUCUAGUGUUUCUAAUCACUCUGGUCACCCAGGUGACCUUUAGUCUAUGUUGUUUCUAAUCACUCUGGUCACCCAGGUGACCUUUAGUCUAGUGUUGUUUCUAAUCCUCUGGUCACCCAGGUGACCUUUAGUUAGUUGUUUCAAUCCUCUGGUCCCCAGGUGACCUUUAGUCUAGUUUUCUAAUCCUCUGGUCACCCAGGUGACCUUUAGUCUAGUGUUUCUAAUCACUCUGGUCACCCAGGUGACCUUUAGUCUAGUGUUUCUAAUCACUCUGGUCACCCAGGUGACCUUUAGUCUAGUGUUGUUUCUAAUCACUCUGGUCACCCAGGUGACCUUUAGUCUAGUGUUGUUUCUAAUCACUCUGGUCACCCAGGUGACCUUUAGUCUAGUGUUGUUUCACUAACACUCUGGUCUAGGACCCAGGUGACCUUUAGUCUAGUGUUGUUUCUAAUCACUCUGGUCACCCAGGUGACCUUUAGUCUAGUGGUUUCUAAUCACUCUGGUCACCCAGGUGACCUUUAGUCUAGUGUUUCUAAUCACUCUGGUCACCCAGGUGACCUUUAGUCAGUGUUGUUUCUAAUCACUCUGGUCACCCAGGUGACCUUUAGUCUAUGUUGUUUCUAAUCACUCUGGUCACCCAGGUGACCUUUAGUCUAGUGUUUCUAAUCACUCUGGUCACCCAGGUGACCUUUAGUCAGUGUUUUCAUUUAAACCUCUGGUCACCCAGGUGACCUUUAGUCUAGUGUUUCUAAUCACUCUGGUCACCCAGGUGACCUUUAGUCUAGUGUUUCUAAUCACUCUGGUCACCCAGGUGACCUUUAGUCUAAUGUUGUUUCUAAACACUCUGGUCACCCAGGUGACCUUUAGUCUAGUGUUGUUUCUAAACACUCUGGUCUGAAGGACGAUCAAUCAGUCAAUGCUCUCUGUCGGUCCUCUAGGUGCUGAACGGGUCUUUCUCUCUGGAGCUUGUCAGUGAGAAGUACUGGAAGGUCAACAAGCCCAUGGAGCUGUACUUCGCCCCCACAAAGGAGCACAAGUAGACCACCUGGAGUACCAUUUGGGACACAGACCUGGACAAGACCUGCCAGGAGGACGAGACCUGCCAGGAGGACGAGACCUGCCAGGAGGAGGAGUCUAAUGGAGACUAUGGACUGAUCCCCCCCCCCUCUACAUCUCUCUGAUCUCUACAUCUCUCUCUCUCUGAUCUCUACAUCUCCCUCUCUCUGAUCUCUCUCUCUGAUAUCUACAUCUCUCUCUGAUCUCUCUCUCUGAUAUCUACAUCUCUCUCUGAUCUCUCUCUCUGAUAUCUACAUCUCUCUCUCUCUGAUCUCUACAUCUCCCUCUCUCUGAUCUCUCUCUCUCUCUGAUCUCUACAUCUCUCUCUCUCUGAUCUCUACAUCUCUCUCUCUCUGAUAUCUACAUCUCCCCCUCUGAUCUCUACAUCUCUCUCUCUCUGAUAUCUACAUCUCUCUCUCUCUGAUCUCUACAUCUCUCUCUCUCUGAUCUCUACAUCUCUCUCUCUCUGAUCUCUACAUCUCUCUCUCUGAUAUCUACAUCUCUCUCUCUCUGAUAUCUACAUCUCUCUCUCUCUGAUAUCUACAUCUCUCUCUCUGAUCUCUACAUCUCUCUCUCUCUGAUAUCUACAUCUCUCUCUCUCUGAUCUCUACAUCUCUCUCUCUCUGAUCUCUACAUCUCUCUCUCUCUGAUAUCUACAUCUCUCUCUCUCUGAUCUCUACAUCCUCUCUCUCUCGAUCUCUCCCCUGAUCUCUACAUCUCUCUCUCUCUGAUAUCUACAUCUCUCUCGCUCUGAUCCUACAUCCUCCUCUCUGAUCUCUACAUCUCUCUCUCUCUGAUACUCACAUCUCUCUCUCUCUGAUCUCUACAUCUCUCCCUCUCUGAUCUCUACAUCUCUCUCUCUGAUCUCUACAUCUCCUCCUGAUCUCUACAUCUCUCUCUCUCUGAUCUCUACAUCUCCCUCUGAUCUCUACAUCUCCCUCUCUGAUCUCCACAUCUCUCUCUCUCUGAUCUCUACAUCUCCUCUCUCUGAUCUCUACAUCUCUCUCUCUCUGAUCUCUACAUCUCCCUCUGAUCUCUACAUCUCUCUCUCUCUGAUCUCUACAUCUCUCUCUCUCUGAUCUCUACAUCUCCCUCUGAUCUCUACAUCUCUCUCUCUGAUCUCUCGAUCUCUCUCUGAUCUCUACAUCUCUCUCUCUCUCUGAUCUCUACAUCUCCCUCUGAUCUCUCUACAUCUACUCCUCUCUCUGAUCUCUACAUCCUCUCUAUCUCUCCUCUGAUCUCUACAUCUCCCUCUGAUCUCUACAUCUCCUUCUACUCUCUCUAUCUCUACAUCCUCUCUCUUCUCUGAUCUCUACAUCUCCUCUCUCUGAUCUCUACAUCUCUCUCUCUGAUCUCUCUCUCUCUGAUCUCCCUCUCUCUGAUCUCUAUAUCUCUCUCUGAUCUCUCUCUCUCUGAUCUCUACAUCUCCCUCUGAUCUCUACAUCUCCCUCUCUGAUCUCUCUCUCUCUGAUCUUCUACUAUCUCAUCUCUCUCUCUGAUCUCUACAUCUCUCUCUCUGAUCUCUACAUCUCCUCUCUCUCUCUGAUCUCUCAUCUCUCUCUGAUCUCUACAUCUCUCUCUUCUCUGAUCCUCUACAUCUCCCUCUCUCUCUGAUUCUACUCUCUCUCUCUGAUCUCUACAUCUCUCUCUCUCUGAUCUCUACAUCUCUCUCCUCUCUCUAUUCUCUCUCUCGUCUCUCUCUCUGACUAUCUACAUCUCUCUCUCUCUCUGAUCUCUCUCUGAUCUCUCUCUCUCUUGAUAUCUACAUCUCUCUCUCUCUGAUCUCUACAUCUCUCUCUCUCUGAUCUCUACACUCUCUCUCUCUCUCUGAUCUCCUCUCUAUCUCUCUCUCUCUGAUAUCUACAUCUCUCUCUCUCUGAUCUCUACAUCUCUCUCUCUCUGAUCUCUACAUCUCCCUCUCUCUGACUCUACUCUCCUCUGAUCUCUCUCUCGUUCUAAUUCUCCUCUCAUCUCUAUCUCUCUCUCUCUCUGAUCUCUCUCUCCUCUCUGAUCUCUACAUCUCCUCCUCUGAUCUCUACAUCUCCUCUGCUUCUCUCUGAUCUCUACAUCUCUCUCUAUCUCUCUCUCUCUCUCUUGAUCUCUACAUCUCUCUCUCUGAUCUCUACAUUCUCUCUCCUCUCUGAAUCCCCUUUCUACAUCUCUCUCCUCUGAUCUCUACAUCUCCCUCCUCUGAUCUCUUCAUCUCCCUGAUCUCAUCUCUCUCUCUCUGAUCUCUACAUCGUCUCUCCACUCCUCUCUGAUUCUCUACAUCUCCUCUCUCUGAUCUCUACAUCUCCUCAUCUCCUCUGAUCUCUACACUCUCCUCUCUCUCUGAUCUCUACAUCUCUCUCUCUCUGAUCUCUACAUCUCUCUCUGAUCUCUCUCGUCCUCUGAUCUCUACAUCUCCUCUCUCUGAUCUCUACAUCUCUCUCUCUCGAUCUCUACUCUCUCUCUCUCUGAUCUCUCUCCUCUCUGAUCUCUACUCUCUCUCUCUGACUCUACAUCUCCCUCUCUCUGAUCUCUCAUCAUCUCUCUCUCUCCUCUUAUCUACACUCUCUUCUGAUCUUACUCUUCUCUCUCUUGUCUCUCUCUCUCUGAUCUCUACUCUCUCUCUCUCUAUCUCUACAUCUCUCUCCUCUCUGAUCUCUACAUCUCCUCUCUCUGAUCUCUAUUCUCUCUCUCUGAUCUCUAUUCCUCUAUCCUCUCUCUUCUGAUCUACAUCUCCUCUGAUCUCUACAUCUCUCUCUCUCUGUCUCUACAUCUCCUCUCUGAUCUCUACAUCUCUCUCUCUCUGAUCUCUCAUCUCCUCUCUGAUCUCUAUUAUCUCUCUCUGAUCUCUCUCUCUCUGAUCUCUACAUCUCCCUCUGAUCUCUACAUCUCCCUCUUGAUUCUCUCUCUCUGAUCUCUCAUCCUCUCGUCUCUCUUCUCUACACUCUCUCUCUGAUCUCUACAUCUCUCCCUCUCUGAUCUCUCUCUCUGAUCUCUACUCUCUCCCUCUGAUCUACAUCUCCCUCUCUGAUCUCUCUCUCCUGCUCUAUAUCUCUCUCUCUCUGAUUCUACAUCUCUCUCUCUCUGAUCUUACAUCUCUCUCUCUCUAUCUCUACUCCUCCUCUCUCUCUGAUCUCUCUCUCUCUCUGAUCUCUACAUCUCUCUCUGAUCUCUACAUCUCUCUCUCCUCUGAUAUCUCAUCUCUCCUCUCUGAUCCUACAUCCUCUCUACUCUCUCUGAUUCUCUCUACUCUCUCUCUCUGAUCUCUACAUCUCUCUCUCUCUGAUCUCUACAUCUCUCUCUCUGAUCUCCACAUCUCUCUCUCUCUGAUCUCCACAUCUCUCUCUCUCUGAUCUCCACAUCUCUCUCUCUCUGAUCUCUACAUCUCUCUCUCUGAUCUCUACAUCUCUCUCUCUGAUCUCUCUCUCUCUGAUCUCCACAUCUCUCUCUCUCUGAUCUCCACAUCUCUCUCUCUCUGAUCUCUACAUCUCCCUCUCUCUGAUCUCUAUAUCUCUCUCUGAUCUCUACAUCUCCCUCUCUCUCUCUGAUCUCUCUCUCUGAUCUCUCUCUGAUCUCUCUCUCUGAUCUCUCUCUCUGAUCUCUCUCUGAUCUCUCUCUCUGAUCUCUAUAUCUCUCUCUCUCUGAUCUCUACAUCUCUCUCUUUAACCAUGUCUGGUGUAUAUUAGUUGGUAACAUGUUAGUAUAGGGGGCCUAGAUAAGGAAAACCUGACUCAUCCACGAGCAAGGCAUAACAUCUUCAUAACCAUUACUGGGGAUGGAACUGCAGUAGCAAGGUACCAAUGUGGUGUUCAGUGGGGUGGUACCAGGGUGGUGUUCAGUGGGGUGGUACCAGGGUGGUGUUCAGUGGGGUGGUACCAGGGUGGUGUUCAGUGGGGUGGUACCAGGGUGGUGUUCAGUGGGGUGGUACCAGGGUGGUGUUCAGUGUUGCACCCUACUGA